CGUUCGCAGAAACAACGGGGAGCUGUGCUAAUAUUUCUGACUCCCCAUAUCUGUGGCUCCAAAGUAGAACAACCUCGCCUGUUCCUCGCCUUGGCCUGCAGGGGAGUGGCUGAAUGCCAGGAGGAACUGGGAUUGGACUCUGCUCCCGAGGACAGGCUGGGUUUGUUCCGGGGCACAGAUUGUCCCUCCUUCCUUACAGGAAAAAGGACCCAGGGAGCAGAGAGAAGACUGUUCCUCAUUUGAUUUCACCAGGCAGGAGAAAAGGCUUGAUAGCUCAGCCCACCUCAACAUCUGCUGGUGCCAAAAGGAUCCCAGGAAUAGCAUCUGAGGAGAGAAAAUGUUUGCAGCCUAUUUUGAUUGCCCAGGAGGCCCAGAAAAUCUCUAUAUGAAAGAAGUGAUGAAACCAAAUCCAGGAGAAGGAGAAGUUCUUGUGAAGGUCUCUGCCAGUGCUCUGAAUAGAGCCGAUUUACUCCAGAGGAGAGGGAAGUACCCUCCCCCCAAAGGAGCAAGUGACAUUUUAGGCCUGGAAGCAGCUGGGAGCGUGGCUGGGCUGGGUCCCGGCUGCUCGGGCCGGUGGAAGAUCGGUGACGCAGUGAUGGCUCUGCUCCCCGGGGGAGGCCAGGCACAGUACGUGACAGUGCCCGAAGGCCUCCUGAUGCCAAUUCCCAAAGAUAUGACUUUUAUCCAGGCUGCAGCCAUUCCUGAAGCCUGGCUAACAGCAUUUCAGCUGCUCCACUUUGUAGGUAAAGUACAGGAGGGUGAGAAAGUGUUGAUCCACGCUGGAGCCAGCGGGGUUGGCAUGGCAGCCAUUCAGCUGGUGAGGCUGGCAAAGGCCAUUCCCAUUGUGACAGCAGGAACUCAGGAGAAACUGGAAGCAACAGCAAAUGCUGGAGCAGCUGCAGGGUUCAACUACAAGAAUGAAGACUUCAGUGAAAAGGUCUUGGAGUUCACCCAAGGUUCUGGAGUAGAUAUUAUUUUAGAUUGUGUUGGGGCCUCAUACUGGGAGAAGAAUCUCAACUGUCUGAGCACCGAUGGCCGGUGGAUUAUAUAUGGACUGCUGAGUGGAGGUGAAGUCCAUGGGGAUUUGCUGGCAAGGCUGAUUUCCAAAAGAGCCAGCAUCCACACCAGCCUGUUACGGUCCCGAGACAAGGAGUACAAGGAGCGGCUGCUGGGAGCCUUCACAGAGGAGGUGCUGCCCCAUUUUUCCGAGGGGGCUUCCCCGCGUCUGCAGCCCCUCGUGGACAGCGUUUACCCCCUGCACGCCAUCGCUGAGGCACACAGAGCCAUGGAAGAAAACAAGAACAUCGGCAAAAUCGUCAUCGAAAUUCCCGUUUGCUUCAAGAAAGGGCCGCCGCAGUAGCUCCUGUGGGACAGUCACUGCGGGGGCUGCACUGCGGCCAUCCUGCCGCUUCUGCU